AUGAAGUCAGCUACUAGGUUGAUACCGACUCUCUCACAACCGAUACGUUUCUCUGCCAGACCAAUAUGUCGUGCAAUUCCAUCUCGAGCUAUAAUAGCUGGUCCCAGUACACUCCCUAGACUAUACGCUACCGCUUCAAACAUCCAUCCAUCUCUCCAGCCUCAAUCUCAACUGCAACAAGAUGUCCAAUCGUCGGAAGGUCUUCAAUCAGAGUUAGGAGAAGAAGAGGAUUUACCUUCAAAUAUCAAUUUUGAGGAAUUAUCAGAUGAAGCUGAUGAAAGUAUAGAACAAGCUUUAGGAUAUGGUGAUGGAUCAGCUUCAAUUCCUCGUUCACGAUUUGAUCCUGUUUUGCUCCCUCUCUCAUCAUUAGCAUCUUCAACGCCUACUUUAGCUUCUGAAUCUGAACUCGUUAUCUCUCUCCCAUCAGAUAUCUUUAAUCAACCUAUAAGAAGAGAUAUCCUUCAUAGAUGUGUAGUUUGGUAUUUAUCUCUCUUAAGAUCUGGUACGAAAACUACUAAAUCACGUUCAACCGUCAAUUACUCAGGUAGAAAACUUAGACCUCAAAAAGGUACUGGUAGAGCGAGAGUAGGAGAUGCAAGUAGUGGUACUCGUCGGGGAGGUGCACCCAUUCAUCCUAUCUUCGCUAAAGAUUGGGCACAAUCAUUACCUCGUAAAGUAAGAGCAUUAGGAUUGAAAAUUGCCUUGUCAUCAAAACUCUCCUCUGGUUUACUACGAGUUGUCGAGAACCUGAAUGAAGGUGAAUGGAAAGGCACAAAUGAAGCUAGAAGAGCAUUAUCAAAUGAAAUCAUCAACAUUGAAAAGGAAAUAGAUUUAGAACCUAUCAUCCCUGCUGAAUCGGACUUAUCAUCUAAAACCCAAACAGAAUCUGCCCUCGAAGGAGAGAAUAUUGAAGAUGAUCUUCAAAUCAUCAACAGAUUCGGUUCAUCAAAAGAUUUAUCAAUCCUAUUCGUUUAUUCACCCAAUAAAUCAUAUGAAGAAAUAACAUCUUUCCAUAAAACAAUUAGGAAUAUCCCAGGAAUAGAAUUGAUGUCGACUGAUGAACUUGAAGUUUACCAUAUAUUGAAAUAUAAAUGGCUAGUCAUGGAAGGUGGUGCUGUAGAUGCUUUAAGUGGUGUAGAGGAUUUACAAGAGGAAUUGGAAUUGGUUCCCGAACAACUUACGGAAGACUCAGUAUCAGCUUGA